GGUCAUUCGUCUAUCGGCGGCUGUCUCUUCCUCGUUCCAUCGAUAGCUCCGCGUUUUGAGCAGAGACAGUUGGUCUUCGAGAAAUCGGUUGGCGAUUCCCGAAACUCCCAAACGAGAGAACGAUCUCUCCCACAGGCACGGCUUUCGCGAGAGAGAACAAAUGACGGCGACCGAGCAAAUGAGAGUGGCGGUACCCAUAGCAGUCUGCGUCGGAGCGGCAAUCGCAUCCUACGCUGCUUUAAUUCGAUAUCGGCAGAGAAAAUGGCGCAUCGGCGGCAAAAUCAAGAAACUGAUGAUUUAUCCGAUCAAGUCCUUGCCUCCGCUUGAAGUCGAGGCAGCCGAUCUCACACUGGACGGUCUCAAGUAUAAGGGAACGAAGGACAGAGAAUUUCUUCUCCUCGACGCUGAUGAUGGCAACAAGUUCAUCACAGCUCGCACGGAGCCUUCGUUGCUGCUGAUUCAUCUGAGCUACGACACUGAGAGAAAUUGUCUGCGAAUCCGUUCGAACGAUCCUCAGAAGAACUUAGAUAUUCUCGAGGUGCCUCUUGGAUCCAACGAGGGAGUCGAUACGUCGAGGGUCCUCCAGGUCAGAACCUGGGACCGGAACGGGCCGUACGAAGCCUACGCCUGUGACGAGAAGGUCCGAGCUUGGUUUUCGAAGUACUUGAACAAGAAUGUCCUCGUCGUCCGGCUCAAAGUCUUGUCCAAACUCGGGACCAUCGAGAGCCCCGCGAGGUUCCAAGAUAUGGCCGUGCUCAAUAUCCUCUCGGAUCGCUCCGUCGAGAAUCUCGUGGCAUUGAUCCGAGAUCCGAGCGCAAACGUCACUUUUCGGAAUUUUCGUCCAAACAUUCUCCUGGAGACCAAGUAUCCGCACGAAGAAGAUUUCUGGGUCAGAGUGAAAAUCGGGAACGCCGAGACAGAGUUUCAAAGACGCACGACCCGAUGCCAACUGACCACAAUCAACCCGGAGUCUGGUUUGAAAACGGACAAGGAGCCUCUUGUGACUCUGCGGAAGUACGUAUCGGCCUGCAUGCAACUGGUGAAGUUCACGCGCUUGGGAAGGUUCCGCGUGGAACGGAGCGCGUUUGGGAUCUCGAAAUACAACUUCAUGCCUCUGUUUGCCUGUCAUCACUAUAUCCGGUCCCCUGACACGAUCUACGUCGGACAAACGGUCCUCGUCGAGGAGUCAGCUCGAGAUCUCCUCGGUGUUUACGAUUGUUAUCUUACUCGCUCGAGUCGGCUAUUCAUGCUCUUCGAGCGUCUCGCGACAGUCCCCCCAUUGCCGCACCGCAAACGCGACGAGAGUUUUUGGGCUGUAGAAAGGCUUGAAAUUGAAGUUCGGAUGGGAACGGCCGUGAACAACAUUCCUCUACUGCCGGCUUCGCUCUGUGUAGCCUCAGCUGCGGCAAUACUGUUCCUCUAUCAAAACCGGAAGAGGAGGGCAGGGCCUCUCGAGGAAGGCGGUAAAAUCAAGAGAAUUUUCAUUUACCCAAUCAAAUCGGUCCCGCCCAUCGAAGUCAGCUCAGCCGACAUCAAUAUCGAUGGCGUGUCCUACAAAUCUGUCAAAGACAGAGAAUUUGUCCUCAUUGAUGCCGAGGGAACCUUCCUGACCGGUAGACAAGAGCCGACGCUCUCUCUACUGCACACGGAGUUCAACGAGGCUGAUAAUUGCUUGGAGAUAAGCUCGAAAAACCCAGACAGCCUGAUGGAAUUGCUCAAAAUCAAACUCGAUCACGAACAAGAGAAGCCUCAGAGAACUUUACAGCUCACGACAUGGUACAAGGAUCAUCCGUACAGCGCGACGUAUGUCGACGACGCUGUCUCUGAUUGGUUCAGUCGUUAUUUGAAGCGGAAAGUUUCCGUGGUCAGAUUGAUUUCACUUGUUGGAAAGCGCCAUUGGAUAGCUCCGGAUCGGUUCCAAGAUGCUAGCGAGCUCAACAUCCUGUCUCAAGCAUCCGUUGAUAACCUUGUGGAGAUGCUGAAGGACGCCGAAAGCGCGAACAUAUCGCAUCGGAAUUUCCGACCGAGUUUGCUCGUCGAAACAAAAUAUCCCUUCGAAGAGGAUUUCUGGACAAGGAUGGUGAUAGGUGACGUGGAAACGGAAUUCCACACACGAUGCGAACGAUGUUUACUCACCACAAUUAAUCCGGACUCAGGAAUAAGAACCGACAAGGAACCCUUGACAACUUUGCGAAAGUACCGGAUCGAUCGCAGCGCUGAAGGUUUGAUCAAGUACAAAAUGCGACCCCUGCUCGCGUGUAAUCAUUCGAUAACUAAAGCGGGAACCGUUCACGUUGGACAAACGAUCAUGGUACACAAAGCACCUAGAGAAAUCCUGUGAAGCGCUUUCCCGAAUGAAGGUUGAGGCUACCGGCUCCUUGCACAGGAUAUAUCUUCGAUGGAAAGUCGAUGGCAAGAAUCCGAAUAUCGGGCGCUUCCUCGGCGGGAUAUUCUGAGGAAGAGGAAUUAUUGUGGAAGUCUCGAGGACCCGGGGGAACCAGAUCCCUCGGAACUCCGCCGAUGGGCUGCCUUUAUAUCGCGACACGGACUAUUUAUCGUACUUGUAAUGCGUAAUCCGGGUUUUCCAAAACAAUGCACACAUCCGAAUAAUAAAACCGUAUGAUGACGAGGGACCAUUAUUCAGGCCUAUGGUCCACGGAAGAGAGGAACAACGCGCACCGAAAUUGUCGACCUGGAGACAUCAGAGCAAACACGAGUGGCGCUAUCUUCAAAAAAAAAACACUCCUC